AUGAAGAGAGGUGGAAAUGAAGUACUUAAAGCGGUUUGUGAAAUUUCUAUAAAGACGGAAAGGGACCGUCAUCCUAUCAUCAUCUACUGUGUAGCAACGGUUCUAACAACUCAAUUGUCAAUGGAAAGGCAAAGUGGGAAAAGGUCUGAUGUGAAUGCUUCAAGAUUUGAAAGCUUUGAAACAAAUGAAAUUUUCGAUGGAAUUUCUAACUUCCAGUUUUCGUUCUGUCUUUUAGUUGAAAUAAUUUUAAUUUCUGGGGUGUCCAGUUUACUUGGAAACUCAAUCGAACCCCCAGAUUUCUCAGAAUCUCGUUCAGUUAAAGUUUUCAGAUUGAUGUUUGAUGCUUUGAUGUCAACAACUUUAACUUCAGACUUGCUUGAAAAGAUUUUAAAACUAUUUCAAUCGAUACUUCAUGCUAUUUAUUUCAAUUACAUGCCAAUUAUUCAAUGUUCAAGGGCCAGUAUUGUUGUAAAUAGCACUCCAAAUACAAAAGGUAUCCAUCCAUGUGUAGUAUUCUCCAUUUCUCACUCACAUUAA